UCCUCUGUCCUGUGCACCAACCACACUGCAGUAAGAUGAGAGGCGGAUCUAGCAGCAUCUCCUCUAUAACAUAGGAUACUGCACCUGCAAGCGACGGAAAACUUCUAGGAACAUCAUCCGAGUGACGAAAUCGUAUCGUUAGGGGGAUUUAUUAGUCUAUGAUCAAAAUGAUAUGGCGAAGUGUGUGCGACUUGUUACCUUUAUUUUUAGUGUUUCUUUGCAUUGGCGAGAUUGUCCCACAUCCGAAAAAUGCAGGGAAUGUGUGUGAGCCUGCUCUGUGUGAAAAUGGGGAAGACUGUUUCAGUUCGCUGUCAGACGAGGUCGAUUUGACAUCUUCAGAUUGGGAGGAACCAACUGGAGGAGGAUCUUGCCAUCCAAACCCUUGUCACAGUGGAGGAGUUUGUGAGACCAAUGAGAAGCAAAGGGGAGACUCCUUUGGUGGAUAUCUGUGCAAAUGUCCACCUGGCUUCAAUGGACUCCACUGUCAACACAAUGUAAAUGAGUGUGCAAAAAACCCUUGCAAAAAUGGAGGCAUCUGCACAGAUUUGGAGGCCAACUAUACCUGUGAAUGCCCAGGAAAAUUCAUGGGCAGGAACUGUCAGUACAAAUGCUCUGGACCUUUGGGAAUGGAGGGAGGCAUCAUCUCAAACCAGCAGAUAACCGCUUCAUCUACCCAACGAGCCGUGCUUGGCAUGCAGAAGUGGUACCCUUACUUUGCCCGCCUCAACAGGAAGGGCCUAGUCAACGCCUGGAGUGCUGCUGAGAACGACCGCUGGCCGUGGAUUCAGGUCAAUCUGCUUCGGAGGAUGAGGAUCACAGGUGUGAUAACACAAGGGGCCAAGAGGAUGGGCAAGCCGGAGUAUGUCAAGUCCUACAGAGUGGCUUUCAGUCAGGAUGGAGAGAGGUGGAGCAUGUAUAUUGACAGGGGAACGCGUCAGGACAUGGAAUUCUUAGGAAACGUGGAUAAUAACACCCCUUCCGCCAACUCCUUCACACCACCAAUUGAAGCACAAUUUAUCCGCAUUUACCCACAAGUCUGCAGGGGACAUUGCACCCUUCGCAUAGAGCUGCUGGGCUGCGAACUCACAGGAUGUUCUGAGCCAAUGGGGAUGAAGACAGGACACAUCCAAGAUUUCCAGAUCAGCUCGUCCAGUAGCUUUCAGACGCUGAACAUGGACGCAUUCUCCUGGGCCCCAGGAAAGGCCCGCUUGGACAAACCGGGCAAGGUUAACGCCUGGGCAUCUGCAGCCAAUGACCAGUCACAAUGGCUACAAGUGGACAUGCUGCUCCCCACCAAAGUGACCGGCAUCAUCACCCAAGGUUCCAAGUAUUUUGGCCGUGUGCAGUUUGUUGGCUCCUACAAGUUGGCUUUCAGCAGUGAUGGUGAGAAAUGGAUAGUAUACCAGGAUGAGUCGCAACAAAAGGACAAGAUUUUCCAAGGUAACUUUGACAAUGAAACACACAGAAAGAAUGCGAUAGACCCGCCCAUCUAUGCCAGGUUCAUCAGGAUUAUUCCGUGGUCAUGGUACGGUCGAAUUGCACUACGGACGGAACUGCUUGGUUGCACAGAGGAAGAAGAGUAGUGAGCUGCUGUCAUUCUUCACCUAGAGACUGUAAAAAAAACCCUUGUACACAUGGUUCUUCUGUGGUUGUCUGUUCAGACAUUAUAUUCAAAUGUAAUGUCUUGUUUGUUCCUUUCUUAUGUAAUGUAAUUAGAGCGUAUGCUCCAGGUUUUCUAUGGAUGUUUUGAAAGUCUUUGAUGGUGUGAGACUGUUGAGUGAUUUGUCUUUUACUGAUACAAUCACUGUUGUGUUCACAAGGAUGUCAUUUCCUUGUGAGGUCUUUUUGUCUCUUGUUGUCAACUAAUUCAUUGUUAAAGGAAAGCAUUGUCAGGCAGUGAUGGUGUGACACUAUGCUACUGUGUCAUAGAUUAAUCAAUGGAAAUACUACACUUAAGUUUGAAAACAUGCAUUUCAGUAUAUCAUUAGUUAUCAGUAUUUUGUAUACUGUUUUUGGAGCUUAUAGGUUAAUUGGUUAAAAGAAAUCAGUAUUUUGUUUUAAUAUGCAAUCUUGAACAAUAAACUGUAUAUUUGCAAUGCUGCAUUGAGUUGAUUGAAUGAAGUAAGAAGACUGAAAAUGUAACAUGUUCCUAACUGCAUGGCAAAUCAUAAUGCCAAACAGAGGAAGGGAUGUAUUUCUCCCAUCUCAGCUGGAUCAAAUUAUCCAAAUGUGUGUGUAAUGAUGCCACUGUUGAGGUCUUGAUCUGUAAAUGUGGGUGUAAUGAUGCCACUGUUGAGGUCUUGAUGUGUCUCUUGACUGUUGAGGUCUUGAAAUGUCCUACUGGCUUUUUCUUUUUUUUUUGCAUCAUUAUUUUCACUCAAUUUCUAUAACUCAGGUCAAUCAAUAGUUACCGAUUUCAUCUCUUUUGUGGGUGUUUUACAUAUUGACCAGUAGAUCAAUCAAUAUAUAUUUGCUUUUUUGAUGUAUUCCGUUGCUCUUUUUCAAAAGAUGAAUCUUAUUGAUAGAUUCAAUGUAUUUUAUUAUCAAUAUCAACAGUAUAGUGUACUGAAUCUACUGAUACAUGUUUUAAUUCUAAAUUCAAUCAAACAUGUUAUAAGUUCCUUGCUUGGCAAUACAAGCAUUGUAAAAUCUGCUCAGAUAUAUGUUUCUGCUGCCUUGUAGCUUCAUUGUCAUGUGCAUUUGAUGUUUGUUUUUUUGUCAAUUGGAACCUGGGUUCAGUGAUAAAUGGGGUAUCCUGGGGAGCUCAAUACCUUAAGAACUGGGGCUCAAAAGCCAUACAACCUAAAACUAUAGUUUUAAGGAACCUGAUCUGUGGUGGCAAUGUACUGCAUGGUCUAAGGUCUGUCUUUUGGGUGCAGAAUAUUAUCUAAUAAUUUUUCACCACAUUGAGGUAUCUCUGACUUAAAGCUGUCAACUUUUUUUUUCCUUCUAAAUCUCAUUAGAACAUAUUUAGCUACAUUUUAAAUGGAUUAGUUGGGAACUGGAUGAAGACUUGCUUAGCAGAUAACUCCCAGAGGAAGCUGUUUGUUUUUUGUAAGUUUUCUUGUCUUUUGAUACCAGAAUCUGCAGUAUCUAUAUGAGAUAAUUUGUGUCAAUCAGAAGAAAUUGAAGCUGGAUUGGACACUCUGACGAGUAUCUUACACUUAAACAUUUAUUACCGCAGUAGUAAAUUCCAUUUCCUAAGCAAAUAAAUUACUGUGAAAAUGUUUUCCUCUGUUGUCUCUUAUGUAAAGUACAAAAUUUAAGCUUAGAAC